AGAUGUCGAAACAUGCCGGAGGGCUAUCAAGGACAUGGCCAUUGCUUUGCACUAUGAGCUCCGUGUCGCGAAAUCUGAUCGUAGCCGAUUUAUCGCCAAGUGCUCAAAAGAAGGCUGCCCAUGGCGUGUGCACAUCGCUAAGUGCCCUGGUGUUGCGACUUUCACUGUCCGGACUUUGCACGGGGAGCACACAUGUGAGGGUGGUCGGGGUCUGCAUCAUCAGCAGGCUACCGUUGGUUGGGUGGCUAGGUCUGUUGAGGCAAAGGCUAAGGGAUAACCCACAAAUUAAGCCAAAGGAGAUAUUGCAGGACAUUCGGGAGCAGCAUGGGGUUGCUGUAUCUUAUAUGCAGGCUUGGCGUGGAAAAGUGAGAAGUAUGGCUGCCGUUAACGGUACACUUGAGGAUGGAUACCGCCUUCUUCCUGCAUAUUGUGAGCAGAUUGGGAAGACAAAUCCUGGUAGCGUUGCAACAUAUAGACUGACCGGACCAGGGAAUGCCUUCCAGCGUCUGUUUGUCUCAUUCCGUGCAUCCAUUUAUGAUUUUCUGAAUGGUUGCAGGCCCCUUCUGGAAAUUGACAAGGCUGACCUAAAGGGGAAGUAUCUUGGAACAUUGCUAUGUGCUUCAGCUGUUGAUGCUGAUCACAUGAUGUUCCCUCUAGCAUUUGGUAUUGUUGAUUCUGGGAGAGAUGACAAAUGGAGGUGGUUUGUAUCAGAAUUGAGGAAGAUGCUUGGAGUUAACACAGAUAAGAUGCCUGUCCUGACAAUACUAUCUGAGAGGAAAUCUCAAGUGGUUAAAGCUGUUGAAGAUAACUUCCCUACUGCUUUCCAUGGAUUUUGCUUGAGAUAUGUGAGUGAGAAUUUUCGCGAUGGGUUCAAGAAUCCUAAACUUCUUAAUCUUUUCUGGAGUGCUGUUUACAGUCUAACGGCAGCAGAAUUUGACGCAAAGGUAAAUGAAAUGAUGCAAGUCCAAGAUGUCAUGCCAUGGCUACAGCGUUUUCCACUAAACCUGUGGGCAGUUGCUUUCUUUGAGGGUAUCCGAUAUGGCCAUUUUAGUCUUGGAAUAACUGAGAUAUUAUACAAUUUAUCCCUUGAAUGUCAUGAGCUUCCCAUUGUGCAAACCAUCGAGCACAUUAGGCACCAACUGACCUGCUGGUUUGCUGAACGUCAGAACUUGGCACAAUCAUACAAUUCGGUUCUUGUUCCUUCAGCUGAGAAACUUUCAGAAGCCAUCGCUGACUCACGAUGUUAUCAAGUCCUUCGAGCAAACAAGUUGGAGUUUGAGAUUGUGUCAUCGGAGCGAACAAACAUUCUGGACACUCAAGCUAGGUUUUGCUCAUGCCGUCGAUGGCAAAUUUACGGCAUUCCAUGAGCACAUGCUGCUGCUGCACUGCUUUCAUGUGGUGAAGAUCCCCGCCACUAUGCUC